UGGCGAAUCACUCUGUAUCUGAGUGCGAUGGAAGGGUUCCUACUGCCGCCAUAUAACUAUAAUGUUUAUCCAGGAUAUGGCCCGUAUACCCACUACAACCAGAAACCAAAGCACCAGAACUGGAAUAAAAAGGGCGAAACCUACAUCGCCCCCGAAGCUGUGGAUUAUCUGGAUAUUUGCAAAAGAGCUCAACUGAAAGCAAUCCUCUCUCAGGUAAACCCGAACCUCACGCCUCGGCUGAGGAAAGCCAAUACAAAGGAGAUCGGGGUCCAAGUUAACCCUAAGGUAGAUGCUAUUGUGCAGUGCUCUCUCGGACCCAAGACGCUCUUCUACCGCCAGAGAAAAUGGGUUCCCCCGAGGAGCCCAGCUAUGAGCCCUUCGCUAAUGAAAAGCAAAUUCAUGCCCAGCACUCCUGUGAACAACGUCCGUUUUUCACGACCUAUUGCGAUCUACUCGCCGGUGUUUGACAGGAGGUUCUUUACUCUGGCUGAUAAAGAAAACAAGGAAAACGACUUCUCUUCGGAUUCGGAUGCCGACGAGCGAGACGAAGGCGCAAAGACUCUCCCACCGACCAAGGAGGGUGGACAUGAAUUUCAGCCGAAGCACGAUGAGGGGCAGCAGGUCGAUAAAGUGUACAGUACCUCCCAAGAGCAAAGGAAAUUCAGAUUCCAGUUUCUGGAACAGAAGUAUGGGUUCUUCCACUGCAGCCAGUGUAAUAUCCGAUGGGAAAGCGCUUAUGUGUGGUGCAUCUCAGGAACCAAUAAGGUGUACUUCAAGCAACUGUGCCGCAAGUGUCAGAAGGGCUAUAAUCCCUACAAAGUGGAAUCUAUCCUUUGCCAGACCUGCUCCAAGAAUCGCUGCUCUUGUGUGCUGAAGAAGAGGCACAUUGACAUCAAGAGGCCUCACCGCCAGGAUCUGUGUGGCCGUUGCAAGGGAAAGAGGCUGUCCUGCGACACCACUUACAGCUUCAAGUACAUUGUCUAAGACCUACCAACCCACUUGUACACGGGCACUUUCCAGACUGGCUUUUUAUAACCUGAUUGUUGGCUAUGCUGAGAUUGAUUCUAUUUUUGUAUCUUUAAAUGCAGAGUGUAAAUAAAAUGUGCAAUAAACUACAGCGAA